UGCAGGGUGUCCGGUAGGGUGCCUGCAGAGCUACGAGCACGCUGCUGGUGUCAGGAGCACAGCAGCGGAAAACUGGUCGGUGCUUCUUCUGUGAGGAGACAAACACACGUUUCACCGCCACCGAGUCAGCGGCCGGUUAGCGACGCGUUAGGAGACGCCGCUCGGUUUGUGUUGUUGUUGUUGUUUUGGUGGUUAUUUAACGGGACACCGCGUGAUACGCAAAGGUAGCCUACCGCUCCUGCCGUGAGCUCUGCUACUUUACUUCCAGGGACUCGUACGACACACGCAAACACACACACGCGCGCGCGCGCACGCACGCACGGGGGCUGAGCGAUGUUCCGCGGGGAGGUGAGCCGCUCGUCCUCGAGCACAAUGCGCGGGUGUUAACGACAACGCGUUUACGUGGAUGUUGUUGUUGUUGUUUUUUCGUGGCGCCGGUGAACGUACGUAGCGCCCGGGCGUUUUACGUGUUGUUUUUGAAAACGCGUCGGUUUAACGCUUCAUCUCUUCAUGCCUCAACCGACCAACCACACGAGAAGUCGACGUCCGGAAUAAAUUAAACCACAAAGAAAAGGCCUUUUUUUUGGGCUUUCUUUUUCCCUCCCCUCCGACUCCUUCUUCAUCGCGUUCACCUGAACCAGACGAGGGGGACAAUGCGCGUGGAUUUGUUGUGGAUGUGUCUGUGGUGCUUCCUCCGUCCCGGUGCCACCGGUCAAGGGCAGUCGACGGCCGUGUGUUCGCCCUCAUGCAGCUGCGAUGAAGACGGGGGUGCGGACUGCUCCGGGAGGGGGCUGACCAGCGUCCCCGCCGGGCUGAGGGCUUUCACCUACUACCUUGACCUGAGUAUGAACAACAUCACUGAGCUUCCAGCAUUUGUAUUCAAGAACUUCCCCUAUCUGGAAGAACUACGACUUGCAGGGAAUGACCUGUCAUUCAUCCACCCUGAAGCCCUCUCUGGACUGCAUCAGCUCAAAGUCCUAAUGCUUCAGAAUAAUCAGCUGAAGACUGUGCCCAGUGCAUCCCUGAAGACUCUACUUUCUCUGCAGUCUCUCCGGCUGGACGCUAACCACAUCACUACUAUUCCAGAAGACAGCUUUGAAGGCCUUCAGCAGCUGCGCCACCUCUGGUUGGAUGAUAACAACCUGACGGAAGUCCCGGUCGGGUCUCUGAGACACCAGGCCAACCUUCAGGCUCUGACGUUGGCGCUCAACCGCAUCUCGUACAUACCGGACAACGCCUUCGCCAACCUUACCAGUCUAGUUGUGCUACAUCUUCAUAACAACAGAAUUAAGGAGAUAGGAGACACCUGCUUUUCUGGACUUGUGAACCUGGAGACACUAGAUCUUAACUUCAACAACCUGAUGGUUUUUCCUAAAGCAAUAGCAGCGCUACCCAAACUCAAGGAGCUCGGGUUUCACAGCAACGACAUUGCCUCCAUACCUGAAGGGGCCUUCCGUAACAACCCCCUGCUGCGAACCAUACAUCUGUAUGACAACCCUCUCUCCCUGGUGGGCCCUUCAGCGUUCCAGAAUCUGUCGGACCUGCACUCUCUGAUGCUGCGUGGGGCCAGCAUGAUGCAGGACUUUCCCAUCCUUACGUGGACUAAUAAUCUUGAGAGUCUGACGCUGUCGGGAACCCAGAUAUCGCUCAUCCCCGCCGAGCUGUGUGAGAACCUCAAGUUGCUUCGAACGCUAGACCUGUCCUACAACGUCAUCAAGGAGCUGCCAUCCUUCCAGGGCUGCCUCAGACUGCAGGAGAUGAGCUUUCAACACAACCAUAUUCAACAAAUUGAUAGGGACACCUUUCAGGGUCUCUCCGGACUCCGUUUACUAGACUUGAGCAGAAAUGAAAUCCGAGUUAUCCACCGAGAUGCUUUCCUUUCCCUCACUGCGCUGACUAACCUAGAUCUGAGUAUGAACUCUCUGGCCGUGAUUCCAACCUCCGGACUGAGCUCUCUCAGUCAGUUGAAACUCUCGGGGAACAUGCAGAUGAAAAAUGUCUUGACUGCAAAGAACCUGCCCAAACUGAGGUCCAUCUCGGUGCCGUAUGCCUACCAAUGCUGUGCUUUCGUCGGGUGUGACUCAUUGACGGGUUUGUCUGAGGAAAAAGACCCAAAGAAAUCUGCAGGAGAGGAAGAUGUGGAAAGGAUUUCAAUGAUCAUGCAUUGCUCUCCUUCACCAGGGGCCUUCAAGCCGUGCGAACACCUGCUGGGCAACUGGAAGAUCCGUUUGACCGUCUGGUUCAUCUGUCUGGUGUCCUUGGUCUUCAACAGCCUGGUGCUGGUGGCCACCUUCUCUCCCACGCACAGAGCCGCCGCGGGCUACUCCCACUCCCACUCCCCGACCGCGUCUCUUUCCCCAGCCCGGCUGCUGAUGGGGCUCCUGGCGCUGGCCAACCUCCUGACGGGCCUGUACGUCGGAGUGCUCACCGCGCUCGACGUGGCCACCUGGGGCUCGUUUGCCGAGUUCGGUGUGUGGUGGGAGAUGGGAGCCGGCUGUCGGGUCACCGGCGCUCUGGCCGUCUUCUCGUCGGAGUGGGCGGUGUUGUUGCUCUCGCUGGCGGCCGUGGAGCGCAGCGUGGCCGUGCGCGCCAUCCUCGGGAAGGUGAUCGUGUCGGCCAGGAGGAACGCCGGCCGCCGUCGCGGCUGCUGGAGAAGAGGUCGGCGCUUCGGCCUCGCUGCGGGGCUGCUGGGGCUGCUGGCCGCUGCCGGAGCCUGCCUCCCUCUGCUGACCUUGAGUGACCAAUCCGCCUCUCCUCUCUGCCUGCCCUUUGCUGGUGGAGAGAGUCCGGCGCUGAGUGUCACGGUGGCUCUGGUGCUGCUCAAUGCGCUGGCUUACCUGUUCACCGCAGCCGUGUACACCCAGCUGUACUGCCACCUGGGCAGGGUGGAGCUGGCCGACCCGGAGCAGACCGGUGCCCUGCGACACGUGGCGUGGCUCAUCUUCACCAACUGCAUCUUCUUCUGCCCCGUGGCAGCUUUCUCCUUCGCCCCUCUCUUGACUGGCUCCACAGCCGGCGGCCCGGAGAUCGCCAAAUCGGUCACGCUCAUUUUUUUCCCGCUGCCCGCAUGCCUGAACCCGGUGCUGUACGUGUUCUUCAGCCCGGCCUUCAGGGAGGACUGGCUGAGAAUACGCGGCGUAUCGACCAGCGAGGUGAAGGCCGGAGCCGAGGGCCACGGGGACGCCGGCGGCGGAGGGUCUGAGCUCACGGACGGUGGCUCCUCCUCCCACCUGGGCUUUGACUGCGGGAUGUACUCGCAGCUCUGCGGAGAGACGCUUGUAUGCGAUCAGUGUGAGGCUGCGCUGCGUGCCAGGACCUGCUCCUCUCCGUCUUCCUCCGCAGUCUGCAGACACUUGAUGAAGUCCCACAGCUGUCCCACCCUCCUGGCGGGGGGGCCGGCCGUCUGCCAGCGCGCUGAAGGGUUUUGGGCGGACAGCAGCACCCCCUCCGCUCAGUCUGAGUACGCGGACGAGGGGGACUCGUUUGUCUCGGACAGUUCGGACCAGGUUCAGGCCUGCGGCAGGGCCUGCUUCUGUCAGACCAGAGGCCUUCCUCUGGUGCACUACUCGUACAACAUACCUCGGGUCAACGACUGAGGGCGCUUCAGAGCUCCAUUGCGUCUGUGCACGGGUCUCUCUGUCAUGUGAAUUUAGGUUCUAAAAGAAUACACAAACUAUUUUUAUAUCCAACAACUAAAUGUGCCAAGUACCCCGCUAACAGACUUUACAGCAAGCACUUAUGUUUGUAAGCGUCGUGUGAACAGAUGCAACCGAUCAUUUAAAGGGAACUUGGUGUGCUUCGGAUUCUAGAGACCAUUUCUACUUGAGCUGAACUGAGCACAUAAUGCGAAGAAAUUGGUCGACAAAGGAUCUUGCAGCAUGAAACCUUGCCAGCAGUGCCUGCAUCUUGCUUUUGAUUGGAUCUCAUUAGUGUGUGUGUGUGUGUGUGUGUGUGUGUGUGUGUGUGUGUGUGUGUGUGUGUGUGUGUGUGUGUGUGUGUGUGUGUGUGUGUGUGUGUGUGUGUGUGUGUGUGUGUGUGUGUGUGUGUGUGUGUGUGUGAGAGAGAGUGAAAGAUCGUAUGAUUUCUCUAUUUUACCUGUGCUUACAAGCUUUUUAAAUUUGAAUUGUUCAACAUCUUGUCAAUUCUUAGGGUUUUAUAAAAGCAAAUGUUGAUUUAAACGUUUUGAUUCUUUUACAUAAAUGUAGCAAAUGUAAUAAUCAUACCAGACUUUCAGGUGGUGGUCACCUACCACGGGGUUAUAAUGUAACGUCAGCUGCCUGCCUGUGAUUGUAAUCUAGCUAGAAUGGUAUAAGUAAACACCACUCUAUAAUAAAACAUGUCUUUGCUUUAAUUUACUAAGACUAAGAAUGUGAUCAAAGUAGCAGAUAUCACUGUUAUAGCAACGGCUAUGCUUGGUGGCGGUGAACAAUGUUAUUUAUUGUUUGAUGAGCAUGAGGGGGGGUGGUCGUACAUAACAAAUUACCCAAGUAUUCACCAAAACAGCACUUCUCUUUGUCAAGUUCUGAACCAAAAACUAAAAUAUGUGUUUCAAGUGAAUAUUUUCACUGGUUU